CUUCUGAAAGAGAAUGUCCUGCCGAUGGAGAUAUAAAUAUCGGCCUAUGCGCUUCUUCUAUCUUCAACAUCAACAUCACAUCACAACAUGUCUUCCUGCUGUGCUAAGGUGUCUACAGUCACUCAUCCUCUGGAUCCCCUCUCCAUCGAGGAAAUCCCCAUCGCCACAUCUCUCAUCCGUGAAUAUGUCAACUCGAAGCCCCUCAAAUUCAACUGCAUCACCCUGCACGAGCCCACGAAAGCCGACUAUGCUGCUUUCCGCAACAACUCCGGUCCCCGUCCGGAUCGUCGUGCUUUCUCUAUCGUCUUGCAACAAGGAACGCCGAAUGUCGCUGAAGUCAUUGUCAAUCUUACCUCGCGAAAGGUUGAAUCAUGGAAGGACGUGAAGGAUGUCUUCCCGACGUUGACGCUCGAAGACCUGGAUGUCACCGAACGCAUCGCCAGAUCCGAUCCCCGUGUCAUCCAAGUGUGUCGGGAGAUUGGCAUCACCGACAUGUCUCGCGUGUACUUUGAUGCCUGGGCUAUCGGGAUCGACGAACGAUGGGGAUUCGAACGACGACUCCAGCAGGGACUGCCGUAUUAUCGCCACUCCACCUACGACAAUCAAUAUGCGCAUCCUCUUGACUUCACCGUCGUCGUCGAUACCGAGACGGAAGAGAUCCUCAGCGUGGACGUCCGUCGCGUGAAUGGACAGCGAACUUCCACCCCCCUCGACCAGCACAACUAUCUCCCCGGCUUCAUGACCGACUUUUAUCGCCAUGAUCGACUGAAACCGAUCAACAUCACUCAACCUGCUGGGGUGUCGUUCGCCAUGAACGGGAAUGAGCUGGAAUGGGCCGGAUUCAAAAUGCACAUUGGCUUCAACUACCGUGAGGGUAUUGUCUUGUCUGAUGUGAGAGUCCAUGAUGCGUAUGAGAAUCGAGAGCGCAAACUGUUUAACCGCAUCAGUGUGGUCGAGAUGGUCGUUCCAUAUGGCAAUCCCCAGCGCCCUCACCAUAAGAAACAUGCCUUUGAUGUUGGUGAAUACGGGAGUGGACUCAUGACAAACUCUCUCAAACUGGGCUGUGACUGCAAAGGGGCUAUCCACUAUCUCGAUGCCAUUCUCCCCACCUCCUCCGGUGAAGCAACAGUGAUUGAAAACGCCGUCUGCAUCCACGAAGAAGACAACGGCCUGCUAUACAAGCACACCGACUUCCGCGACAACAACGUCAUCUCAGCACGAGACCGCAAACUCGUCAUCUCCCAGAUCAUCACCGCCGCCAACUACGAAUACGCCUUCUACCACACCUUCACCCUGGACGGGACCUACAAACUCGAGAUCAAACUCACCGGCAUCCUCAACACAUACUGCCUCCAUCCCAGCGAACAGGCAGCUCCGUUCGGUACCCAAGUCGCCAAAGGCCUCGACGCACACAACCACCAACACAUCUUCUCGCUCCGCGUGGAUCCCGAAAUCGACGGCCCCAACAACACCGUCGUGCAGAGCGAUGCCCUCCCCGCUGAAGAUCCAGUCGGCUCAGACGCCAACCCCUACGGCAACGCCUUCUACGCGAAGAAAACUCCCCUCCUGACCUCCUCCCAAGGCGCCGUCAACUACUGCCACGAAACCAGUCGCAGCUGGGACAUCACCAAUCCCAACCGCCUCAAUCCAGCAUCCCACAAGCCCCUCGCCUACAAAAUCCUCAACAACAACUGCCCCCCCCUCAUGGCCAAACCAGGAAGCACCGUCUACAACCGCGCCGGAUUCGCCCGCCACUCACUCUGGGUGCUUCCAUACCGCGAUCACGAACUCUUCCCGGCUGGCGCCUAUGUGUGCCAGUCCGAGGGACGGACAAAUCACCCGCACAACCCGACCAUCGUGGACUGGGCGGCGAGGAACGAGUCGAUCGACAACACGGAUAUCGUGUGCUAUAUCCAGUUUGGACUCACGCAUUUCCCGCGCACGGAGGAUUUCCCGAUUAUGCCUGCUGAGCCGGUGAGUGUGAUGUUGCGAGCGUCGCAUUUCUUUCAGAAGAAUCCUGGGCUGUGGGUGCCUCCUUCGCAGGGGGAUGCGGCGUCGUGUGAUGCAUUUGCGGUGGACUUGAAGAAGAAUCCGAAGUUGUAGGUGUGUGUUUGUAUAUUACCGUUAUAUUGAUAUUUAAAUACAGUGUUUGCUG